AUUACAACAUGCUUAGAAGUGUCAGUGAGCCAUCCUUGGGGACCAUCGGAAAUAGCACAAUGGGAACAAAUGCUGCUAGCCGCCUGAAUUUGCCUCAGAUUGGACAGAGAACAGGUGGAUUUCGGGGAAAAUUCCUGUGGGAAGGUAAAAUGAGGGAAAUCACGUUAGCCGUCAUGUUACUGCCGUGGAAUAUGUGGUUUCAGACAAUAGUAUGUUUAAUAAUAGUCUACAAGUUCGUAUUGCACUUGCUACUUGGAUAUUAUUUCGAUAAAUCAUACAUUUUCCUAAAUGCAACAAUCAUUCUGACCGAACUGUUCUUCAUUGCUGAUGUGUUGGUACACUGCCUUCAUGCAUUUUGGCCAGUGGUGCGGAUAUAUAUACGAAGUUAUAGAAGAAAUUAUAUACUAUUGGUUUACGAUAUACUAAGUUGUUUACCACUGUCUACGACAUUUAACAACAGAGUGGGCUGUGAGCAUUAUGUACUACUCGGCCGUUGGUUGGGCAUAUGUCGCAUUUACAGACUAUUCACGUAUUUUCAGCUGAUUAAUGAAACUAUUAGAAGUACUAGAAAAACAUUAUAUGUGGUCGAACAUAUUACUGUUGUCUUACUGGUAUUGCAUGCCAGUACUUGUAUGUGGUAUUCUAUACACAGAUCUGUAGAGUGGAGCAAGAAAUGGUACCACUUAGGAUAUCCAGAUCAUGUCAACUCGCAUAAAUUGAAAUUUGAUAAUUAUAUUUCCUGUUGGUACUAUAGUGCUUGUCGCUUCUUUAAUGUUAUAUUUGGAGAUACCUUUCCUUUACGUGACCUAGAAAAGUGGUUGACAUCAGUAUUGAUGUUUAUUGGUUUCGUGUUUAUAAGAUACCAAUUCAUAGGAACAUUGGCGUGGGAGUUAGUACUGGACAAUAGUCGUAAGUCGGUGUUUGUCGAUCAGUAUCAUCAUAUGAUCGCUUACCUCAAGAACCGCGGAGCGCCAUCUUUAUUAAUUGAGCAAGCCAAAAAUUAUAAGCGACAACUAUGGUUAAUGAAAGACGGUAUUCUGACUUCUACUCAUUUACAAAAAUUACCACUUCCGUUACAAAUGGAGCUGAUUUUCGAUAUUAAUGUUAGAUACUUUCAAAAAUCAUUGCUAUUCAGAAAUACGGAUGAAGCAUUUAUGCGUCAAAUAUCACUUUUAAUGAGACAUGAGUUGUACCUGGCCGGACAGAAUGUAUGGAGCCAGGAUGUAGUAAAGACUGGCAUGAUCUUCAUAAAACAAGGAGUUAUAGAAAUGUUAUCGGACGAGGAUGACGAGAGUCCAAUGAUUGCUUUAAAAGAGGGAACAGUACUAGGGGAAUUAAGUCUAUUUUAUUCAAUACCAUCAAAGGUAACGGUAAAAGCAGCUACUUACGUGGAGCUUCAGGUGUUACAUAGAACGGAUUUCAUGCGAGUUGUGGAAGAGCAUCCUUUUAUGCUACAGCGUAUACGUGAAAUAAUCGAGGACAGGCUUUGGAAAUCUCGUCGUAAAGAGAGAGCUAUAGCGCAAUAUGAUAAGGGUGAUUCAAGACUAAUUCGAACUCGUUAUAGACCUAUGAAAGUGCUUAAGGAUAAUUUAGCCGGCAUCGAGGAAGAAGACCCGACAUUUGUAGAUGAUUCUCACAUGUAUUACAGGGACGAGAAUAAUCUUCGACAACACAAAUUUACGAGUGAAUACUUAGAACUCUAUCAAAUGUCAAGUAAUGUAACCACCAUUGACAAGCCUAAAAUAUGUAUAAGAGCUAAUUUUCCUUUUAUAUUAGAACCAAAUACAAGUUUUACCAACAUGUUUGAUAUUGGACAUUUUAUAAUAAUUCUAUAUUUGUGUUUUUUAUCUCCACACUAUGCUAUACAGACAGAUAAGUCGAAUUUGGAAAUAGUUUUUAAUAUUAUUGUUUUAACUUGUCUAUUGUUAAAUAUAUACAUACAACUUACAACGGCGAUAGUGGAUAAGAAUAUACGAAAAGAAACUAUUAAAGAGAUAGCGGAAGUCAAAAUGGCGACUGUAGGUUUUUACUUAGACAUAUUAUCGGUGUUCCCUGUAUAUAUAUUUGUUAAUACUUUGGAUCCUCAAGCCGAUUCUAUUGCUGGACAAGUUGUUAAACUACUCCCUACGCUUCAAGUUUGGCACAUUUGGAACUACGUCAGUAGAUGGGAGAAAAAUUUUAAUAGCAAUGCUAAGAUGCUAUGUUUGUUAAAAUACUGUUUAAUAGUAAUCAUACUCUGCUAUUGGUCCGGAUGUUUACUGUAUAUAUUCGCUUGCCCAAGAAAAUUAUGUCAUGAAAAGUCAUGGCUAACCCAGUUGAUAUUCUGGGAGACGAAAGUGUUCAUGACGAAUGAUGCUAGGCACGAGAAACCAAUUUUAUCAUCAUUUUCGUUCGGUACAUCUGUGUUCACUGGCACAGGUACUUCUGAUUUAGCGCCAGGCACUGCCGACUUGUUAGUGGUGGUGGUUCUAUUUGUCUUGGGAACUUAUUUAUGUUGCUUUUACACGGCAAAAAUGUGUAGUAUCUAUUUACUAGCAACUCAAAGGAAAUUAAAAUUUAAGGGAUCUAUGAGAGAACUGUUUUACUUUUUGACAGUUAACCAUGUUAGUGGCAAAAUAAAGGCCCGAGUGAAAAAGUUUUUCUGUGUACAAUGGUAUUACAAUAAUGCCGUAUCAGCAGAUGAAAUAUUCAAAGACGUGUCUUCAAAUAUCCAGCAAGAGGUUUUGUGUAUUGAAAUGGUUGAAACUUUAUUAUUCUGUCCUAUAUUUCAGGGCUGCAACCGCGAUUUUUUACAAACUGUGGCAUCAAAUAGUAAAACAAUAGUGUUACCCGACAAUGAAAUAGUGCAGCACGCUGGCGAUAUUGGACGCGAUAUGUAUAUUUUGCAAAAGGGACACUGCAAUUUACUGAAUCACCGAGCGAAAAUAGAUAAGUUUAUAGGUCCCGGAAGUCACUUUGGCGUUGUGGAAAUGCUCUUCGGUUUGCCCAAAGUAUACACUGUGGUGACAACGACAAAUUGUAUAUUACUGCACGUAGAAUACAGUGCACUGGUGCAGUGCUGGGGCACCUUCCCAGAUAUUAGUCAUCCCAUUAUCAAGGUGUUAGAGGAUCCCGUACUUCGCAAUAACGCUGAACGGUACGAGGACGCGAAGCCGCUAACGGGUCGGAUGGACGCCAAAAUAAACAGAAUUGCGCAAGAGAUAAAGGAAAGUUUUGUGGUGUUAAGCGGCCGCGACGAGAAGGCGCAGUAUGUGAAGACAUUCGAAAAGUUGGGAGUCAUGAGGUACAUUCGAUAUUUUUUUAUACCUGGAUGUAUUACUCCACAUGGCAUUUUUCUGAAACUUUGGUGUACAGUGCGUUUUAUAAUGGCUGUAUUGUAUGUCAUCAUUAUACCAUAUAAUAUGGCUACGAAACAGAACAAGCACGGAGGUGGAUACAAUUGGACUGAUAUAGUACUCUACAUAGACGUAGUAGUAAUGGGAUACGUAGCAUACUACAACGAGCAUUCUUUGUUGGUCACCCACCCCCUACUCACCGCCUCUCGAUAUUUGAAACAUGCUUUUUUUCUCGAUGCUAUCAGCAUUUUUCCGUUCGAACAAUUGGUUAAAAUCAUAAAUGAUAAUACUGACUUGGACUUGUAUAGAAUGAAUCGUAUGUUGUUGGUUACUAGAAUAAUAGGAGCUUUUUCAUACUGGGAGAGUGAUAUAAUGCGUUUAAAUACAAUGAUGGUAUUAUUAAAGUUCUUGCCGAUUGCAAUAACGAUAGUUAAUAUCGCCACUUCGAUCAUAUUUACUCACUCUUGUAUGCCAUAUUUGACCACAGAUUAUAAUUUUAUUCUUGUUAAUUGUUCGAGAGUUUUAAUAGUUUCGAGGAGCAAAUAUGAAGUUAGAUAUGCGGUAACAGAAUAUGCUCAUACAUUUUACUGGGUAUUCGAAAUGUUUGUUGGAUGCGGCUGUACUCCUGUGGGAAUGUCGAAUACUGUGGAUGUAUGGCUGACUAUGAUUCUUCAAAUCACAGGCUUCCUGUAUUUUGCAUUAAUGUUUGGUUAUGUAUCAUCCACUCGGUCAGCUGCCGCACAUGCGAUGUUAGAGCAUACUGAAAAAACAAGAGAUUUGGCGAACUUUCUGUACCAAGAGAAUGUUGACCCCAUCCUAACGGCGAAAACUCUGAAGUAUUUUGAAUAUGUGUGGAAAAGGACUAAUGGAAGCAAUGCUCAGCAAAUUUGUCGCUGUCUAAACUCUGCUCUUAUGGAAGAUACGUUAGUGUUCAUGUACGAGAGAGCAUUACGCGAAGUGCCCCUUUUUGGGAAAGUGGAGCGAUCCUUCAUCAGGGUUAUCACACAGCAUCUACAUGAAAUGUACUUUCUUAAAGGCGAAACUGUCAUACAAGUUUUGGAUGUACAGCCCUAUAUUUACAUCAUAUAUAGGGGAAAGGUGGAUGUUUUGACAUCUUAUAACGAAAUGAUUACAUGUAUGGGACCAGGUGGUAUGUUUGGUAACUUUAGUGGUCAACCAGUGUCAUGUUCCGCUGUAACCAUUUACGCGAGUCGAAGUUUAGAUCUUCUGGUCAUUCCGGGACAGACGUUCUUCAAUCUCAUCAAAUACUACCCUAAAAUACAAGAACCUCUUACCAAAGCGUUUAAUGUAUCCAAAGAUUACAUAUUACCUAUAACGAUGGAAGUCGAUGACGAUAGCUCUUCAGAAAAUUCAGAAGUCGAUUUACUUUCUCUAGAAUCAGCUGUUGAUUCAAGAAGCGGUUCUAGUAGAGUUGAUAUAUCGGGUCCAAUGACUCUACGUAGCGCACAAUCACAAUCGAAUGUGAGCCAAGCAAAGUCUUCGGCCAGCGUAAUGACAUACCAUGGUUACAUGGAUGUCUCUAAUUUACUACGACCCGGCACGUGGCUGUUCCAGACUUUUGGAUAUUUCACUUGUUUGAUGGCAACUUCUAAUUAUGUCCUUGGUCUUUAUGAACUUGUUACUUUGAAUGAUUGUUACAUAAUAUUUUGGAUUCAAACGAUUUUUGACAUGUAUUUUUACCUAAAAACUUAUCUAAACUUGCACCAGGGCUAUAUUAAUAAACAUGGAGAUCUUAUACUGGAUCCAGUAAAGUGUAGGAGAAGAUAUUAUAAGCACAAAUUAUGGAUUUUGUCAGAUAUUUUAGUGAACUUGCCAUUAGAACUAUUCGGAUUUUGUUUUUCGUUUCCUAUAACGGCGAUGCAUUACUUACGAGCUAAUAAAUUGCUAAGGCUAAAAUACCUCGUAGAGUUCUAUCAUAAAACAGCUUCAGAGCUCACCAAUAAUCUUACCACUUUGCAGGCGGUGAUGACAAUUAUAAUUGUGAUCUUACUGAUACAUUCGUUCACUUGCUUGUGGUUGAUUGCAAUGAUUGCUACAUCGCCUAUCAGUAUCAUCCGACCACUGAAAAUGCAUCUUAUUGACGAAGAAACGCCGCAAAAACAUUGGGACUAUACAACAUCAUUCUACGUGGUCCUCUCAGAACUAACCACUUCUGGUGGUGACGAGUUUGUUAUAGAUGAAAUUUUGCCUACGAUUAUUUUAGCCAUAUGCCUGGUGUGUGGCAAGAUGCUUGCCGCCGUGGUAGUUGCCACGUCUAUACAAAUUGCAUACUCUACCAAAUACGCUUUGAAUUGUUAUGAAAAAGUAACGCUUGAGCUCAUUGAUAUGUUAAAAAAUCAGGGAUUAUCGGAUUAUCAAUUAAAGAAAUUUUGGAAUUAUGUAUGUCAACUUUGGAUAACAGAACGUGGACGUCAGUUGCCUGUACUCCUGGAACAAAUCCCGUACGUGCGACGAUGCGAUUUAAUGUCAGCAAUGUUCGGUCACCAUUUGAGAAAUUGUUAUCUCUUCUCAGACACGGGAGAGCCGUUUAUACGGCAACUAUCUGCUGUAUUGGAUUAUACUAUAUUCUUUCCCGGUAACUACAUAUUAGUAGCUGGUGACAGUGAGGCCCGUAUGUACUGGGUGGCGUCAGGUACAGUAUCAGUAGUGUCAGUACGAGCUGACCUAACUGAGACCACUCACGAGUAUCUCAACACGGGGGAUGUGUUUGGAAUACUACAGGGGAUGAAUAGAGGGGUCGCGCAUUGCUUUUCAUAUAGAGCUGAGACGAAGGUUAGUAUUUUAACAUUAAGUUUGGACUCGUGGAUAAAUAUAUUGUCGUAUUUUCCGGAUGCGAAGAGAAUUAUCGCAGAAAGGUCCGAAGUUUUGUUUGCUUAAACUA